GCCUAUCCCCGGUCUUUGAAACCGGGUUUGUAAUACGUAAUACAUAAAUACGUUCUCUAUAUUUCUCAUCUCUCUCCAUCGCGCAUCGUUACAAAAUCCCCAAUUCACCUUCCCCUCGGAUUCAAAUCCCUAAAACACGAUCUUGAUCUUCAAAAGCGAUUCGAAAUCGAGCCAUGGAUAAAAGCAGCAGCAUCAACUCCACGGCCUCCACCGCUUCCAAUCUGAGCACGGCUUCCCUCGAGAAGCUAGAUCAGGCGGCGAGCUGGUUCGGCGCCACCGUAAUCUCCGCCUUCUUCGCCUCCCUCGAGCGUUGCUCCUGCGUUAACCUAUCUACCUUCGAUGACGAUGAUGACGACGACGAAGAGGACAACGAGGAAUCCAACAGCCGUCCCCUUGCUCUCUCCGCCGCUCCUCAACCAGACGACAUCGUUUAGACUCUCCGUUUAAUCCCUCCGUUUUAGGAAUUUAAUCUAAACGAUGUAAGACGUUCAGAGCUUUUGAUUUGUAUAUUGGUGGAUUUGAUAUCUAAUUCCAAAUGUUUAUGUGUAAACUGAUUAUGCUUGAAUGUUUAUUUUUUUUAAUAUAUGUUUGGUUUUUGGAUU